UUACACAAGGGAAGAUCAGCUCAUAGAAUCACAGAAAACCUCACACGCAUUCUCUCCACUGUGAAUACUGAACAUCAUUAAUGGACGAAACGAAGCUGCUUGGUUGGGAGUUGUUCGCAUUGCAGAAGGUUUUUGACUGAACGAGCGAUGCAGCGCCAAUAUAUAUAAUCCCUGUUCGGACGCGUUGCCUCAAUAUCGUCACACGCUCUGUCUUUCUUUCUCUUCAUAUUUGACAGCCCUGAAAAGGCUCUGCCACCUUUCAACAGAAGGUAUAGAAAAGCGCUUCCCCCAUUUGCAAUUUCCCUUCGCUCCUUCCUCUCUCUCUCCAAGCACUACAAAAGAGAGACGAAAUAAGAAAGGAGCUCCCUUGAGCCUCAAAAAGCAGGACUCGGUUGCUGUCUCCGCUUCACAUACAACCCCCCUCUCCCUCUCUUUCUUCGUUUCUGUGUGGAAAACAACCCCUCUUGAGGAAAUCCCUUUGUAGCCGCUCUCAAUAUCCCUUCCUUGCGUGUUUCUCACAAAUCCCAGUUCGGUUCGUUUCGUUUCAAAGCGUGAGGCUUUGUGCAUCAAGGCCAGGCAAGAAGAAAAGAUCUGUUUUUUGGUGUUUUGUUUUGUGUUUGUGAACGAACUUUCUGGGGAUUCGAGAGAGAUGGUGCACCACCAGAGGUUCCAUCAGUGGAGGAAAGGCGAAGCCCAUAUCUUCGACGACGAAGAGCAUGGCUUCGUCGUGCUUGACUGCGCGAGCUCCGGUUUCAAGAGGAAGAAGCCCAAGCUCUUCUACCUCCUCCUUAUCUCUCUUGUGUCUUGCAGCUUUGUGUUGUUGGUCCCUGAGCUGUUCGGUUCCAGUAGCCUCUCUCUCUUGUAUUCGUUCGGCGUGGACAGUGAAGGCGCUCGUGAGAACUACGACGCAAAUGCCCCUCCUUGUUCUUCAAUGUCUAAUGGGACCAUAUGCUGUGACAGAAGCGGCAUCCGCACUGAUGUGUGCAUCAUGAAAGGGGAUGUGAGGACACACUCUGCCUCUUCUUCAGUCUUCCUUUAUAGUUCCAAACAGACGAGUGGGUUUGUUGACUUGUUCUCGAGCUUUCUCGGAGUAGCCGAAGACAGUGAUGAUGAGGAACUCCAGCACGACAAGAUAAGGCCCUAUACCCGAAAAUGGGAGAGCACUACCAUGGAAACUAUCGAUGAGCUAGACCUUGUCGUGAAGAAAGAUAUUGCGGGCGCUCACCAUCGGUGCGAUGUCUGGCAUAAUGUCCCCGCGGUGUUCUUCUCGACAGGAGGCUACACAGGUAACGUCUACCAUGAAUUUAAUGAUGGGAUUCUACCGCUGUACAUUACUUCGCAGCAUUUCGAGAAGGAGGUGGUGUUUGUCAUCCUUGAAUAUCACAAUUGGUGGAUUACAAAGUACGGGAACAUCCUUUCUCACCUCACGAAUUAUCCGCCGAUCGACUUUAGUAGAGAUAAAAGAACCCAUUGCUUUCCUGAAGCCAUUGUUGGUCUGAAAAUCCACGAUGAGCUCACUGUGGAUCCGUUGCUGAUGAAGGGGAAAAAGAGCAUCCUCGACUUCAGACAUUUACUUGACCGUGCUUACUGGCCGCGGAUUAGUGGUUUAAUACAAGACGAGGAGCAAGAGAUGCAGCUGAAACUGAACCAGUCGCCUUCAGGGCCAGUACGGGUGCAAUCGAUGAAAAUCAAUAAACAGGAUCAGAAACCCCGACUGAAGAAACCGAAGCUAGUAAUAUUAUCACGCAGUGGGUCAAGGGCGUUAUUGAACGAGGAUUGCUUGAUUAAAAUGGCAGAGGACAUGGGGUUCCAAGUAGAAGUUUUGAGGCCUAAUAGAACAACUGAAUUGGCGAAAAUUUAUCGCGUGCUUAAUUCGAGCGAUGUUAUGAUUGGUGUACACGGGGCUGCGAUGACCCAUUUUCUCUUCAUGAAGCCUGGUUCUGUGUUCAUCCAAGUUGUUCCUUUAGGGACAGAUUGGGCGGCCGAUACAUAUUAUGGUGAGCCUGCAAGAAAGCUUGGUUUGAAGUAUAUCGGGUAUGAGAUUUUGCCUAGAGAGAGCUCAUUGUAUAGUGAAUACGAUAAAGCCGACCCGGUCCUUACGGAUCCAAAGAGUGUGACAGACAAGGGAUGGGAAUACACUAAGAAGAUCUAUCUUGAUGGCCAGAAUGUGAGCUUGGACAUGAGGAGAUUCCGCAAGCGGCUGCUUAAAGCUUACGACUAUUCCUUCUCGAAAAUAAACUGGCAUGGCAUGCCAAUCUUCCGCUGAAGUUCCAGUCAACGGUUUCGCUUGAUUAGCUUUGUCGUUCAUAUAUUCUUUGCCAUUUUUUGUCGUUACAUUUCAUUGCUGUACAUUGCAACCAGGACAGUCCUUUUGUACAGGUUAGAGAUUUUAUUCACAGUUUUUCUUUUUCAU